CGCCCCCUGGCGGCCUUUAGAGCGCCACGCCCCGGUCGCGCAGCCAGUCAGCCCCGCCUCCGCGCCGCGGGCCUGGUUCUUCCCAGUUCGGGCCGUCCCCCCACCCCGAGGACGCUGCGUGGGCGGCCGUAAGUUUGUCAAGAUGAGAGUGACUUUAUCAACUUUGGAUACUUGUGACAGCUCCUUCACACCUCUAGUGGUCAUAGAACUUGCCCAGGAUGUCAAAGAAGAAACCAAAGAAUGGCUCAAAAACAGAAUUAUCGCUAAAAAGAAAGAUGGAGGUGCCCAGCUGCUGUUUAGACCACUGUUAAAUAAGUAUGAGAAAGAAACAAUAGAAAACCAGAAUUUAUACCUUGUUGGUGCCUCCAACGUAAGACUGUUACUUGGGGCAGAAGCAGUAGGCCUGGUGAAGGAGUGUACAGAUGCUGCCAUGCGGGCCUUCACCUACGCAACACGCCACAACUUCAAAGGUUUCCAUGAUAACAACGAUGACUUCCUCACCAUGGCCGAGUGUCAGUUCAUUAUCAAGCACGAACUUGAGAAUCUUAGAGCUAGAGAUGAGAAGAUGAUCCCCGGUUACCCCCAGGCCAAACUGUACCCCGGGAAGUCACUGAUGAGAAGAUUGCUCACGUCUGGCAUCGUGACCCAGGUGUUUCCACUGCAUGACACCGAGGCCUUGAAGAAGCUUGAGGACACCUGGUAUACUCGGUUUGCUCUGAAGUAUCAGCCCAUAGACAGCAUUCGUGGUUACUUUGGAGAGACAAUUGCUCUGUACUUUGGGUUCUUGGAGUAUUUCACCUUUGCCUUAAUCCCCAUGGCCAUCAUCGGGCUGCCCUACUACCUGUUUGUGUGGGAAGACUACGACAAGUAUGUCAUAUUAGCCUCAUUCAACCUCAUCUGGUCCACGGUGAUCCUGGAGGUGUGGAAGCGUGGCUGUGCCAACAUGACCUACCGCUGGGGGACACUGGUCAUGAAGAGGCAGUUUGAGGAGCCCCGACCAGGGUUUCAUGGGGUCCUGGGCAUCAAUCCCGUCACGGGCAGGGAGGAGCCCCUCUACUCCAGCUACAAGAGACAACUGCGCAUCUACCUGGUCUCCCUGCCGUUUGUGUGCCUCUGCCUCUACUUCUCCCUCUACAUCAUGAUGAUCUACUUUGACCUGGAGGUCUGGGCCCUGCGUCUCCACGAGGACAGUGAGUCUGUGUGGACCAGCCUCCUGCUGUAUGUGCCCAGUAUCAUUUACGCCAUUGUGAUCGAGAUCAUGAACCGCCUUUAUCGAUACGCCGCUGAGUUCCUGACAUCCUGGGAGAACCACAGACUGGAGUCUGCCUACCAGAAUCACCUUGUUCUGAAAGUGUUGGUGUUCAACUUCCUGAAUUGUUUUGCUUCGCUCUUCUACAUCGCCUUCGUCCUGAAGGACAUGAAGCUUUUGCGCCAGAGCUUGGCCACACUCCUGAUCACCUCCCAGAUCCUGAACCAAGUCGUAGAAUCCCUUCUUCCUUACUGGCUCCAGCGGAAGUACUGCGCGAAGGUGAAGAGGAAGGUGCAGGCGUUAAAGGCGGAUGUUGAUACCACCCUGUAUGAGAAAGUCCUCCUGGAGAAGGAAAUGGGAACUUACCUGGGAACCUUCGAUGAUUACUUGGAGUUGUUCUUGCAGUUUGGAUAUGUGAGCCUUUUCUCCUGCGUUUACCCGUUAGCAGCUGCCUUUGCUGUGUUAAACAACUUCACGGAAGUCAACUCAGAUGCCUUGAAAAUGUGCAGGGUCUUCAAACGACCUUUUGCAGAACCUUCAGCCAGUAUUGGUGUAUGGCAGCUGGCUUUUGAAACGAUGAGUGUUAUAUCUGUGGUCACUAACUGCGCUCUGAUUGGAAUGUCACCACAAGUGAACGCAGUCUUUCCAGAAUCCAAAACAGACCUGGUUUUGAUCGUGGUGGCUGUGGAGGACAGGAAGAAGCCUGGACUUGGUGACACAUGUCCUGGGUGUGUGUCUCUGGACAGGACGAGGUCAGGAGGCCCUGGCGCGAAGAGCAGAUUUGCAGUGUUUUAGCAUCAUUGGGGGUGGUGAAAGGAGGAGAUGAGGCCAACUUCGUGCAAGGAGUUGCACCCUGCCUGGGCCCUGCCUGGGCAAUGGCUGUUGUAGCUUCUUCCUGUGUUGUAUGACCCUUUCUCUGCUUCCUGCUCACCAAGAAGUGGAGAAUGGCUUCUACUUUGUGUUCCUGCUGCCGAGAUGCUCUCCCCCAGCUCAUGGACUCAGGAGCCAUGAACUGAACCCUCCAAACCAUGAGCCAAAGCAAAUCCUCCUCCCUUACCCAUGUGCAUCAAGCAUGGCAUCACAGCCUUGAGAAAGGUGACAACACACCCAGGCCGUGUGCUCUUGGUGCCGUGUCAGGCAUCAUUCUGACUGCGUUCACCUUCUGUGACAGGAAAGGCGCCCAGUGAUGACCUCAUCCCCUAGAUGGCCCUGAUUGCCAUCCCCUCUGAAGGGUGAAGUACAGGCUCCCCAGCUUUUGGAAGUGGUUGUGAUGUAGGCUCUGUGGAUAGCGUCUGCUUGCUAAGUGCUUAUGAAGAGAGAUUCCCUCCAAAUUUGUUUGUGUAUGGCAUUCUUGUUACUAUAAUUGAUGCAAUUUAAUUAAAUGAAAUGAAAACUGA